AUGAGGCCUUGCUGUACUGACCGAAAUCUAUCCGUAACGCUAACCGAAAUCAACCCUGCAGAUACUGCCGAGAACGUUGAGACGUGGCUUCGUGGUCUCAAUUUGGAUGAGCCCUUUGAACAUUUCAAAUCCAUAAAAGACAAACGAGAUGAUGCCUGCCGUUUUUUUAGAAGAUAUGGGGAUAAAAAACUCGAGGAAGGAAGGGAUCCAACUUCGAGUAAUGAAGUUGUUUCACUUCAAGCUGAUAUUGAGGAUUUAAAAAGCAAAAUCUAUGAGCACAAGGCCGCUAUCAAUCUUUUGAGAGCUGAAAUUCACACAAAAAAAAAGACCAUUGUUGCAGCCAAUCUAAAUUGA